GCCAACUUCGAUAGUGCUUGCGCAUUCCAAUAAAGAUAUCACGUCGAACGAUAUUGUUUCCUGGAAUAACGACCAGAUUCUGCUGUGGUUGAGAAACAUGGACUACUCUAUCGAUGUGAUUGAUCUGUUCAAACAUCACAACAUCACGGGCAUGACACUGCCGUUUUUGAACACUGAGGAGCUGCGCGACAUGGGCAUUCAGCAGCUCAGUCUCCGGCUGCAGCUGAUGUCUGAUAUCAGCGAUCUGCUAAUGAAGAAGAACAUGAAUCUGCUCAAGUUCAACACCGAUCCGCUGGCUGCAGAGCUGCAAACGCUCGUGGUGUCCACCAAUUUGGUGUCAACAAUCGCCAACUCCGUGACUGAGGGUCUACUUUCGUCCAAUGGGGGCACCAACCGCAAGUUAACGGAGCAGUUCAACAAACUCAAGGAAGAUCUGCUGCCCGUACUUAAAGAGAUCAAGGACAAGAAACCGCUCCCGACUCCAGACAGAAUGUCGCCUACUCAGCUCUCGCACCACCAGAACCAACUGCAGACCACGAUUGUCCCGCAGUCGAUCCCAGCCCAGGCGGCUCUGAAGAAACAGCACUCUGCUCCCAACACAUCGAGCCUGCGCAGAUCCAUCACGUCUCCCCCAAUCAUAUCGCCUAUUUUGCCAGAUCAGAGCCAAUUCACCGGGUCCAACACCAACCUAGCCUCGCAGUCAAACAUUUCUGGUACUCAGUCGCCGCGCUCACCGUCCAAGUCGGGCUCUUCGCAAAGCGUGCCGAGAUACCACAAGCCUAACAGACUUUCGAUGUCGCAGUCUAUGGGAACGCUGCCAACAAUGGGCAGUACCAGCACGGCGUCUGAACCCCUGAAGCAGCUGCGUGCCAAAACGGAAGACCCUUGUCACAAAAUACUCCAGGCAGCCAUGAAAAGACACAAUUUGCACGUCUCGGACUGGAAAAAGUACGCUCUAGUGAUUGUGUACGGCGGAGACCAGGAAAGAGUGCUUGGAUACGACGAAAAACCAGUGGUGGUGUAUCGCGAGCUUCAGGAGCUGGGACUGAACCCUUCCAUUAUGCUGAGACAGGUGGAAGAGUCAGACGACCUCGACUCGAUGAACUACGAGACUCCUGGCGGAAGACUGUAGCAGAUUAUCGUUACAUAGUCUAGAAAGGCUUGAACUGCCGUUUUUCCUUCAUCUGGCGCACGCGUUCCUGGUCCUCUUUGAAUUUACUGAGCAACUCAUUCAUCUCCUGCUUUUUGCGCUCUCUAAUCUGGAACUUGUAGAAGUCCUGUUUCUCCUUCUUUUUCAUCUUCUUCAUCACCUUUUCGUCCUGCUCCAGGUCCGCAGCACGUUUCAGCGACCCUAGAAUGCCGUUUUUCGUUUUUCUGUGCGAUCCAACAACCAACGUGAACCCGUCCUCGUCCACCAUCGAUUGCAUAUUUGUCAGCUCUUCCUUGAGCUGCUGUUCGCGCUGCUGGAAAUCAGACAUUGCCUGUGCCACCUGGGCUGCCAGCUGCUCCGAGUCCAGUUUUUUGGAAGCCGUGUACCGUCUGUGGCCAGUGACGAGCUCUGACUUCCACACCGGGUACUUUGCACUCGAGGCACUCACAAGUUUCUUGAUUGCUCCAAACGCCAAAUUCAACGCAUUUUUGUCCACAAACGUCACCACCGCGCACCCAACAGGGAUCUGGGGGUGCUCUUCUUCGUGCGACAUCUCCUCGUUGGUGAGUCUGGUGAGAUUGAUCUCGUAGUCGUAAUUUAUCAUGUUGCGCUCGCUAUAGUGCUCGUUUGUCGCCAACGACUCCACAAUGGCGCCCAUGGCUAUCGCGCUGAAGACACUUCGCACAGCCUUCACAGUGGUGCCCACGGGUAUAUUGACUAUGAACAGAGACCGGGACUGCGACUCCGGCAACGUUUUGGUGACAUGUUUUUUCACAAACAUGUAGUGCAGGGUCUUCUUGGUGUGCGAUGUGGCGUCGAAAACCACAGGGAAAACGG